AGCUGGUUGCCGCUUCAUCCGAGUUCAGUAUCCUUGUCCAAUCAAUUCAUUGAACAAUUGUAAGUAACCAGCGAACUCAACGCGCACAUCGUAGGCCCGCUGUAAAUGUUCGCUGCCCACGCCCCUCCCACGUGUUGUUCGGUCGAGAACGUUUUCAUCAUCAUACGUGAUUCUGUUGACUCACGAUCUAUUUCCGACCUCACAUAUAACCUCCCCGCCAACGCCACAAUUUGCUCUUCCUUCGUCCACAAUGAUGAUUCCGCAGGCAAAACCUGAAUCUACUGCAUCCCACUCGACGUUGAAGGGACCAUCGCUUCCUCCUUCCAGACAAGAAUCGUCUGAUUAUGACUGGUUUACAAGUUUCAUACAGAGGAAGGGUGCUAUGACUCCUUUGGAGUCGAGCCCGUUGUCAGACUAUGACUGUGUUCUGCUGAGCUCACCGUCUAGCGCUCGCUCGCACAUCAGUGUACGGACACCUUCUCCAUCAGCAGAGUCUCAACGUCCUAUCGACCGUAGCACCACCAUCUAUCAACCUCUCACAGCUAUCAGACCCUCUUCUGGUCACGGGUCAUCAGAUUCGAAUCCUGAAUCAUUGCUUGAAGAUGUUGAACGCGGGAGAAGACUUCAUGGACAACCGGUGACAAGUAGGAUGAGGUCUCCUGUACCUAUCGUACUACCCUCUCCUGAACAUACUUGGUCGCCAGUGCUAAUUCGACCACCGUCAUACACUUCGCUUGACAACAGACUUACCGGUCUAACAGCUACCACUGAUCAGCGUGGAGCAAGUCCUAUCUCUCGGUUGUCGACGCCACAAUCGUUGUACGAGAGUAGGCCGAGUACGGCUAUGCAAGAGUUGCCACCCCCAAACGAAGAGCGUACGAAUGAAGCUAGCAUUCAUUCUUCAUCGGUUCACAGUUCGCGUCUUCCUACCUCUAUUUUGGCUGUUCGCUCUCCGUCACCAGUUUACACUCGUAGUUCUUCUGGUUCUGCUCGUUCGCAGUCUCCUCCACCUGUCAUUCCUGUCCUCAGUAACAUUCCCUCUACUCGUACCUGCUCUCCUUCUUCUAUCCGGGCUUGGUCACAACCUCCCUUCGGAAACAAUGUUCCUCGUCCAUUUGUCUAUACUCCCAUUCCUCCUUCUCCGUCUCAAUCUUUCAUGAGGUAUCAUUCCCCAAGGAUUGCUCCUUUCUCGAACUUGCCUGCCGUCUUCACGCCAUCAUCUGCGCCAGAGCUCACACCUAGGUUGCUGGGAGAGCCUUCGCGUGUGAUCCCGCCUCUGUGCUCCGGCGUGCCCUCUCUCGUGUCCCGCAUGCACGACGGCACUGGUGUCGGUACAACCAAGAACGAUCAUACUGAUUCUGAUCCCAAUUUCAUUCCUUGGGUCCCACCAACGCCGCCACCAAUUACCCCCUCUGUGACGUCUACUAUUCUGCAUCGCCCACAUGACCACACAUGGACAGGCGCGAAUUGGGGUCCAGGUCAGAAGGGCCGUUUCGAUCCUAACCAUAAUUCUCCAUGGGUCCCUCUUCGCCCACCAAUUGCUCAAACUCAAGGCGUAGUGAAUGCAUCGAGUUCACCCAAUCUGCAUCAUCAAUCUUCUCAGUUUCCUCAGGUCACUCCUUAUGGCUCAUGGAAUUCACCUUUGCAGCCGUUCAUCCCUCCUGUUAUCCCUCCUCCACCACCUGAUACACCGAAAGUUAACGAUAGUAGAUGGGCCUGUGGUCCUCGCGGUGGUGUCGGUGACAGUAGUGUCGGCGGGGUCUUCGGUGUUGGUGGUUACAGUGGUUUCGGUAAUGGCCCCAGUGGUGCUGUCUGGCCUGUACCCCCCUCCUUCCCCGCGCCAACUCACCCGUUCCCAUCUACGUUCCAUACAAUUCCAUCUGUACCACCCUCGUUGCCUGGCUUUUCUCAUGUGUCGCCCUCGUUUCCGCCAGGAUUUAUCCCAACCAGUCAGGUGUCUCGUAUCCCUGAUCAACCAGCGGCACCCAAUGUAGUACCUCUGUCUCCCAAAUAUCAUCAUAGAUAUUACUUCUAUGAUGGGAGUGUUCUCAUCUUAGUUCACAAUACAUUGUACAAAAUCCACCAGUGUUUCUUUCGACAUUUCACACAAUUACAGCUUUUCCAUCACAGCAUGCAACAGGGCUAUACUCGGAGUGUCGACCCUCGGUUUGAAUCUGUGUUUUCUAUCGCAGAUGUCCAGGGUAGCCAAACGAUACAGUUACGUGGAAUUGAGUGUCGGCAGUUUGACAUUGUUCUCUCGCUGUUUUAUCCAAUUGAUCUUCUUGAACCCCAACCCAAAACAUUCGCCGACUGGUCCGAUAUACUCCACGUCGCUCACACCAUCGACAUCCCUCCAGUCCGUACCCUCGCCAUCUCCAAAAUAUCUCAACUUGGACCCAAAGUUGUACCCCCUGUCGACAAAAUUGUGUUGGCGGACAAGUAUGGUAUCAAGGAGUGGUUUUUGCCGGCGUACAUGGAAUUGGUUGGACGGAUGGAGGAUUUGAGUGUCGAGGAAUGUGAAAAGCUUCCUAGUGGUGGUGCAUUGUUAGUUGAUACAUUGAAGGAUGAGGUGAAGGAACAGAUCAGGAUGCUGGUUGAGGAAGACUCGAUGUAUCUGCCUAUGUGAUAAAAUUCUUUUUCGUUUCUUGAUUCUCGGUCGCAAGAGUACAAUUGUACAAUAUAAAUGUCGUCUGUUCGUUAUUUCUCAAAUACAAGUACGUUUUUUGGUAAAA